ACCAACUUCAAUCCACACUCCCCACUUCCCCACUUCCCAAUUUCACGUUCUCCAUUUUUCCCUUUUCCCUUUCCCUUUCCCUUUCUCUCUUCCCCUUAGAAAUGGCCACCGCCAAGCUUUUUCUCGCUCUCUUCGCUCUCCCCUUCCUGGCUGUACACUUCUCCGCCGUCUCCGCCGCACAUGACGCCCCAGCGCCGGCGGUGGACUGUUCUAGUCUCAUCCUCAACAUGGCCGACUGUCUCUCUUUCGUCUCCAACGAUAGCACCACCACCAAGCCCCAAGGAUCCUGCUGCUCCGGCCUCAAGACCGUCCUCAAGGCCGACGCUGACUGCCUCUGCGAGGCCUUCAAGAACAGCGCUCAAUUAGGAGUCGUCCUUAACGUCUCUAAAGCCCUCUCUCUCCCUGCCGCUUGCAAAGUCUCCGCUCCCGCUGCUUCUAACUGUAAAUUGUCGAUUUCUCCUGCUGGUUCUCCAGCGGUUACGCCCACAGCCUCUCCGAAAUCGACGGUGGCGGAGGCGCCGGUGGUGAACGUGCCGACGGCGGCUCCGGCACCAGGAAAGUCCGCAGCGUCGGGAGCUCUGGUCUCAGUCGGAGCCGUAAUCGCGGCCAUCGGGGUUGCUCUGUUGUGCACUGUUUGAGGGGUCGACGAUGCGGCGUCGUUUUUGUUGGGAGAUAAGGAGAAUUUGGAGGAAAUGAAAAUAAAAAGGAAAAUUGUUUACUGUCCUUUUUUUUUUUUUAAUUUAAAUUUUUGUGGAGGGGAGAAUAUUUGAUGGGGGUGUUUGGUUUUUGGUUCUUAUUUUGUGGGUAUAAUUUGUGGUGUGUGACACAAAGCAGAUUAUAAUAUUCAUUUUUUUAACCUAA